UAGAGUCAACAGCUGGAAUCUGGAAGGAAAUCAGUAUACAGUAGUGGGAAGGAAGACUUUACAAGCCUCAGGCGAAAACCUCAGCAUGAACCCUUGGGACUCUAAGCCUUCAACAUCGUCAGCAGCUCAGGUUCUAGCUGCUUGUGUUUCAGCAAGAGUGCUGUCCCAGGAUACGUUGGACUCUAUUCCCAAUGAUACAAAUGUUUUCUCAGAGUAUUUGCAACAAGCAGAGCAAAUUGCUUCCAUGACAAAAGAAAUCGACCAGAAAUGCCUGGAGAUGGAGCUCUUGCAAUUGGAGAAGGAAGGAGCAGAAUUCACUCACCCUUUCUAUCUUGAUCAGAAGAUUAAACAAGUGCAAAAAUUCACUACUCACCUGCAGGAGAUGCUACGGGAACAAAGAUGCCUUCGACAAAGACUGAUGAAGCCUUUGUGUCAGCAGAAUCUACCAAUAGAGGCCAACUUUCAUAGGUAUGUGGUGGAGCUCCUAGACAAGGCAGUUCAUUUCAUUGGUAACCUGGAGUCCAGUGUACAGAUAGCACGAUCAGUUCCAAAUGUUGGCCAGUCCAUUGAAAGCCUGGAGAAUGGCUUGGCCCAGCUACUAACCCUAGUUACAGAAUUUGAAGAGGUGUCAGAAGAGGUUUUGCACUGGAGAAACCUGCAAGCUUCCUUAUUUCCUUGAUGUUCUAAAAAGGCCUUCUCUUAGACUAGAUUAUUUUUGUUUGUACUUUUAUAUUGUAUUUUUUAUUUAUUGUACAAAGUUAAACAAUAUUUCUCUCUUGAAAUUGUUUUAGAUGAUACACAUGAACCUUUACAUUUAAAGAACUUUGCAUUUAUUCAGUUUGGUUUUAAUUUAACUGAAGCUGCUGUUGGAUUAGUAUUUUUCAUAUGAACACAAAAUUGAAAACAAUAAUGUUCCAGUCUCUGCAUAUGAUAACUGAAUUUCCUGCAUUAUUAAAAAAAAAAGUUUUAGAAGAGAUUGUU